CUUGCCGUUUGCUCCCGUCUCUGCCUCCUCUCCUCUCCCUCUCUUUCUUUCGCUUUGCCAAGAACCCUAAUAUCUGCAUCAAGUCGAAGAAGGAGAAGGAAAGGAAGCUCCAAUCUCUCCUUCCUUCUCUAAUCUUUAGCUUCUUCUUCUCCGUCAUUCUCCAAUCGGCGACCGACGAUAUGGAUCAGGAGAAUGGGUCACCCCUGAUGAGGCUUCGAGAGCACCAGUGGUACUCUCCGUCCUCGAGCAGAUUCUCUUGCCCGGGGGAUCGAUUCAUACCCACGAGGAGCCUGAUGAAUCUUGAUCUCGCCCAAAGCUCACUGUGGGAAAGCCCGUUAAAGAAAGACGAUCGCCCGGUAAUCUUGACCGCUAGGGAUGAGUAUAGGAGAAAGGUGAGAGAGAAGCUGACGCUGGAUUUGGAAGGGAAGCCGUUCAAGAUGUUGCCUUUUAGGGGAAUCCCUAAAAGGCAACAUCGUGUCGAAGAGAUGAUGCAGGAGGAGUGGGACCGAUCCAGACCCGUUAAGCCCUACCGUCGCAUUCCCACGACUGCAGAUCGAACAUUGGAUGGGCCAAAACUAAUGGAUGACUAUUAUUUAAACCUCCUGGACUGGGGGAAGAGCAACAUCCUAGCUGUUGCAUUGGGGCCCUCAGUAUACCUGUGGAAUGCUGAGAAUAGUGAGGUGAAGUUGCUCCGAAGAGUGAAUGAAGAGGAGGAUCACCCCACAAGUGUUGCAUGGUCUGGAGAUGGGAAAACAUUGGCUGUUGGAUUUGCAAGCUCCAGAAUUGAGCUCUGGGAUGUUGCAUCCUCGCGUCAGGUGAGAAUCUUAGAAGGACACACGUCCAGAGUUGGAAGCCUUUCUUGGAAUCGCAACACUUUGACAUCAGGGAGCCGUGAUGCCUCUAUCAUCAACCAUGAUGUGAGAUCGAUUGGCAGAUCAACACCCCAUAUACGAGGGCACACUGAAGAAGUGUGUGGUCUGAGAUGGUCAGGAGAUGGGGAUCUGCUGGCAAGUGGCGGCAAUGACAAUCUUGUUCAUGUCUGGGAACCUUCAAACAUGGGAUCCUCCAAAUACCUGCAUAAGUUUACCGAUCACUGUGCAGCUGUAAGGGCCCUUGCUUGGUGCCCAUUUCAGUCAAAUAUACUGGCAUCUGGUGGUGGCACAGCUGAUCGAUGCAUUAAGAUUUGGAAUGCCCGGACAGGGAAGUGUACAAAGAGCAUUGACACUUGUGCACAGGUCUGUGCAUUGGAGUGGAACAGGCAUCAGAAGGAGAUUUUGAGUGCCCAUGGUUACAGUUGGAAUCAGCUAAGUUUGUGGGCAUACCCUUCGAUGUCGAAGAUUGUGGAUUUAAGUGGCCAUGCAGCCAGAGUCCUGCACCUCACUCAGAGCCUAGAUGGAUCGACGGUGGUGUCAGCUGCAGCAGAUGAAACAAUUCGUUUCUGGAAGGUGUUUGAACCACCUCCAUUGGCCUUCUCAAGGAUGCGCGAUGAGGAGAAUACCAGUUUCCUGUCACUGAAAAGAUUGCACAUAAGAUGAGAAAAAUCUGUCUGUAAGGUCGUCAUGCCUUAUUUGGGUUUCCAAUCAGUCUGAGCUCUAGUUACAUGUCAGAAAUCGGUGGGUUAAUUCGUGUAACAAAGAUUUGAUUCUUUUCCAUGCAUGUACAGUCCUUGUAUAUUGCGACUAGGGAGGUUGGCAUCUUUUAUUUUCCCUCCCCCACGUGGUAUGAUUUUGU